GUGACUACAUUCUAUUUAAUAAUAAUUUCACUUUACGCAAUCAGUUUUUUUAUUGCUUGUUCUUUGUUAUUGAAGGCCGGCCAAAUUUUAACCCACUUAUUGGGAAAUUAUUAAUAAAAUCAAAGACUGUGAGGUGUAGUCCAGUAAAAUUUACAGCAACGUUUUUAAAAUAAUCCAAAAAUGCAUAGAGCAAGAACCGUUGUAAACCAGAUUGUAGGGCCUCCUGGUCAAAAAUUUGCAGGGUGGUUAUUGGCCAAAAACACCCCAUCAAUAAACGUGUGUGCCUCAAUUAGAAACUACAAUGUACCUGUUACAUCUGAGCCUUUCCUAAAUGGCAGCUCCAGCCAGUAUGUCGAAGACAUGUAUAAUGCCUGGCUGGCUGAUCCAAACAGUGUCCACUCAUCUUGGGAUUCGUUUUUCCGAAACUCAGCCCAAGGAGGAGCAGGGUACCAAGCCCCUCCAUCUCUGGCGCCCCUAGGCAAGAAUGAAGUACCCGCCUCUGCCCUUUUUCCCAUUGGUGGACUGCCUUCCCUUGGAGGUGGUGCCAUAAGCGAAAAAGUCAUUGAUGACCAUUUGGCUGUGCAAGCUAUCAUCAGAAGUUACCAGAUCCGAGGACAUCACAUUGCCAAAUUGGACCCGUUGGGCAUUAACAGCGCCGAUCUGGACGAUCAAACGCCCCAAGAACUGGUCUACAAAAAUUAUAACUUCGACGACACCGACAUGGACCGGGUGUUCAAGCUGCCAUCGACCACCUUCAUCGGAGGCAAGGAGUCGCAGCUGCCGCUCAGGGAGAUCCUCAGGCGGCUGGAGCUCGCCUACUGCCGCCACAUCGGCGUCGAGUUCAUGUUCAUCAACAGCUUGGAGCAGUGCAACUGGAUCAGGCAGCGUCUGGAGACGCCCGGCGCCACCGAUCUCCCGGCCGAUCAGAAACGACUGAUCCUGGCCAGAUUGACCAGAGCCACGGGUUUCGAAACGUACUUGGCGCGCAAGUGGUCGUCCGAAAAACGUUUCGGCUUGGAAGGUUGCGAAAUCCUGAUCCCAGCCAUGAAGACCGUCAUCGACAAGUCGACCGAGUUGGGCGUGGAAAGCAUCGUUAUGGGCAUGCCUCACAGAGGGCGCUUGAACGUGUUGGCCAACGUGUGCCGCAAGCCUCUGCACCAGCUGUUCACCCAGUUCGCCGGUCUCAAGGCCGCCGACGACGGUUCCGGCGACGUCAAGUACCAUUUGGGGACAUACAUUGAAAGAUUGAAUCGCGUAACGAACAAAAACAUCAGAUUGGCCGUCGUGGCCAAUCCAUCUCAUCUGGAAACCGUCGAUCCGGUCGUGCAGGGUAAAACUAGGGCCGAGCAGUUCUACAGGGGCGACGGGGAAGGCAAAAAAGUCAUGUCCAUCUUGUUGCACGGAGACGCCGCGUUUGCUGGCCAAGGCGUUGUUUUCGAAACCAUGCACUUGUCCGAAUUGCCCGCAUACACCACUCACGGAACAAUCCACAUCGUCGCCAACAACCAAAUUGGAUUCACUACCGAUCCGCGUUUCUCCAGGUCUUCGCCAUACUGCACAGACGUGGCGCGCGUUGUGAACGCGCCGAUCUUCCACGUGAACGCCGACGAUCCGGAGAGCGUGAUCCACGUGUGCAACAUGGCGGCCGAGUGGCGCGCCACCUUCCACAAGGACGUCGUCAUCGACCUGGUGUGCUACCGCAGGAACGGGCACAACGAGAUCGACGAGCCGAUGUUCACGCAGCCGCUCAUGUACAGGAAGAUCAAGAGCACCAAGCCCAGCUUGGAGAAGUACUCCGAGCAGCUGAUACAGGAGGGCGUCGUCACCGAGGAGGACGUCAAGGGGGUCAAGGAGAAGUACGACAAGAUUUGCGAGGAGGCGUUCGAGAAGGCCAGGCAAGAGACCCACAUCAAGUACAAGGAUUGGAUCGACAGCCCGUGGUCGGGCUUCUUCGAGGGCAAGGACCCCUUGAAAGUGCACCCGACCGGGGUGAUCGAAGACACGUUGGUGCACAUCGGCAAGCGCUUCUCCGCGCCGCCGCCGAACGCCGCCGAGUUCAUCAUCCACAAGGGUAUCGAGCGCAUCUUGAAGGCGCGCAUGGAAAUGGUGGAGAACCGCACGAUCGACUGGGCCCUCGGCGAGGCCAUGGCCUUCGGCUCGCUGCUCAAGGAAGGCAUCCACGUCAGGCUGUCCGGCCAGGACGUCGAGAGAGGCACCUUCUCGCACAGGCAUCACGUGUUGCACCACCAAACCGUCGACAAGGCCACCUACAGGCCAUUGUCCAACUUGUACCCCGACCAGGCCCCUUACACGGUGUGCAACAGCUCGCUGUCCGAGUACGGCGUGUUAGGUUUCGAGCUCGGCUACUCGAUGACCAACCCCAACGCUUUGGUCAUCUGGGAGGCGCAGUUCGGCGAUUUCUCCAACACCGCCCAAUGCAUCAUCGAUCAACUUUUGUCCAGCGGGCAGGCCAAAUGGGUGCGCCAGACCGGAUUGGUCAUGCUGCUGCCCCACGGCAUGGAAGGCCAAGGCCCCGAGCACUCGAGCGCGCGCUUGGAGCGCUUCCUGCAGAUGUCCUCCGACGACCCGGACUACUUCCCCCCUGAAAGCGACGACUUCGCCGUGCGCCAGCUGCACGACAUCAACUGGAUCAUCGCGAACUGCACCACGCCGGCCAACCUGUUCCACAUCCUGCGCCGCCAGAUCGCUUUGCCCUUCAGGAAGCCCCUGGUCAUCAUGACGCCCAAGUCGCUGCUCAGGCACCCGGAGGCGAGGAGCUCGUUCGACGACAUGAUCGACGGCACCGACUUCCAGCGCAUCAUCCCCGACAAGGGCGCCGCCAGCGACAACCCCGGCAACGUCGAGAAGUUGGUCUUCUGCUCCGGGAAAGUUUACUACGACCUGCUGAAGGCCAACAGGGACAAGGGAUUGGAGGGGAAGAUCGCCAUCACCCGCGUCGAACAGCUUACUCCCUUCCCAUACGACUUGGUGAAGCAGGAAUGCUCCAAAUACCCCAACGCCCAAAUCGCCUGGGCUCAAGAAGAACAUAAAAACCAAGGAGGAUGGACUUAUGUCCAACCGAGAUUCCAAACUGCACUCAACGGAUCCAGAGACAUUGUUUACAUUGGCAGACCUGUUGCAGCCAGUACAGCCACUGGCAGCAAAGCUCAGCAUCUUAAGGAGUUGGGAACAUUGAUCGAUGAUUUCAGCAGGCUAUAAAUGCUGCGUAAGACCACCGGAAGUGAGACCUUCUUCACCUAGACAAACUUAUCAGUAAUCCUUAAUAAUAAUAAUAAUAACAAUAGUAACUUACGGCCAAUUGCGUAACGCUAAGCGUCGAAGAAUUGUAAAUAAUUUGCCGGAACUCGGUGCAGGUUGUUUUGCAAGCGGCCGAUGUAUUUUAGUUGAUUUAUUUAUUUAUUCUACUAACGUUUUAAAUAAAUAGUAUUCUUUUAAUCAAAAAUGCACUGAUAAUCUAAUUAAUGUAAAUGUAUGUAAAUAGCACCUUUAUGUAGGUUUACAUAGUUAAACAUUUUAAUUACAUCCCUAAGAUGUAUGAGAAGAACCAGUUAAAAUAAAUAAAGCGCGAAAUGUGGAUUGUUCAGCAUGUUCAAGAAUAUUUAUUUAUUUGGUAAUUGAUAAGAUGUAUAAAUGAAAGACGGUUACGGUUUUCAAAAGAAAGUAUUUUAAAAUGUAAUGUUAUUUAUUUAUUGUAAGAGUGAAUGAUAUUUUGAAUGACGAAUUUGUUGCUUAAACGACUUUUUUUAUUUCUACUUACCUUCCACCUAAAUGUUUCAAGAAAAAACGGAUUUUUGGACCCAUUAAGUGUAAAAGCAAGAUAUGAAAUUUCCUAUUUAGAAAAGUAUACUGAACAUAUUAUUGUUCUACAGGUGCACCAAAUAUUCUUCCAAUUUUACAAGCAAAAUACAGAUGUACAGGGUGAUCCCCUAUAGUGUCGCCCCCCUUUAACUCUUCGGCAAUUUCAAGCGCUCGAAACGCCCGAAUUACAAAACUGUU